CCUUGAAGAUUUGCCUAAAAUGGGCCACAACAUUGUUAUUGUAAUAGUCACCAGCGCAGCUUGCAAUAGCUGUUAGGGUGAUUUUCAUCCAUAAAGGUUUGCAGUUCAACCCACUUUGCACACAUUUCCUUAAUCUCUUUUUUCAAUUCCAUACUAAUUCUCGCCCUUUGUACCACAAGGUUGGCACUAGAAGCUUUCUUGGGGUCCAUGGUGACUUGUUUUGCAGUUACCAGCACUAAAUACACUGGGAUAAUGUGAAAUGUACCGAAUAUAUGCGCAGAUGCGACCACGCUGGCUAGCUUGUAAACACUGGCACCUGUGGGGCAGCGUGGACAGGUCCCGGAUGAAUCACGUUGGGCAAGUUUUUUAUCGUUAGGCGGGGCAAAACUUUUACGCUCAAACACUUCGUUAGGCGGAUUUAACAUUAUGCGAUGUGUUCAUUAGGCGAGGGUCCACGUACAGGAUACAUUACUGAAAAUAGAUAAGUGGAGUAUUUAUCUAUAGAGGGAAAAGAAAAAAAAGAGGGAAUGUUCUAGAGUAUAAUGAUACCAACACUAUAUGGGUGUGAGGCAUGAGCUUUAAUAAUUGUAGCAAGGAGGAGGCUUGCAUCAUUGGAGACAUCAUGUUUGAUAGUAUGUAAUUUGUGGUUUGAAUAUUAUGCAGAUAAUUCGGAAUGUAUUUGCAGAAAUUUACAUGUAUAAUAAUUUCUCCGUGGCUCAAAUUACAUACUCGAUUAUUCACCAUCUUAAAAUCUCCUCAGUCUCUGACGUCACAGUUACAUCGUAAAGCUCGACAAGUCAAGCCUCUGGUUAUCAAACGUAUAAUUCAGAGGGUUGAGGAGGGGUUAUUGAGGUGGUCUGGGUCAUUAGAGAGGAUGGAGCAGAAUUGGAUGACCCAGAGGGUGUAUAAAUCUGGGAUGGAAGAAUGGAGAGGUAGAGGUCAGAAGGGAGGGGGUAAAGGAGGUUUUGAGUGCUAGGGUCUUGAGCAUCCAGCAGACUUAUGCAUGCAUGUUAGAUUGGUGUGGAGACAAGUAGGUUUUAUAGCUGGCCAUGCUGUUGAGGUGGAAGCUAGGUAACAUUUAUGAAGGGAUUCGGAGAAAUUGGUUAGCAGGAUUUGAGUCCUAGAGGUGGGAAAUACAGUGCCUUCAGUCUGAUGGAGGUUGUAGAGAUGCUGCAGUUUGGAGAAUCAUUGAAUUUUGAUGCUUGUGCACGUCUAGCAAGAUGGUUAUUGAAUAAAGGAUGGUGAAUUUGUUUAAUUUUUUGUAUCACCCUUCUUUGGUGAUAGAUGGCUGGUAUGAUAAAAAAAAGAUUGUAGUUAAUGACUGAAAUUAAAUCAGAAAACUGGAAUGUAUCAUAACUAUUGAAAAUUUCAAAUUGGUGCUUUCACAAUAAAUUUAUAGUAUAGAUAUCACACCAUUUUUAUGUACCAUAUAGUUUACUUUUCACUUAUAUUGGUGUAAAGUUUAUAUUUGUAACAGGAUGUCUUUUACAGAGUUUGACCUUGAGAUUAUGUCAGAAAUGGGCAAGAUGGGCAUGUUGGGAUCAACCAUACCUGGCUAUGGAUGCCCUGGGGUCUCCUCUGUUGCAUAUGGUCUUAUUGCUCGAGAAGUGGAGAGGGUAGAUUCUUCUUACAGAUCUGCAAUGUCUGUCCAGUCAUCACUUGUCAUGUACCCCAUCUGGGAAUUUGGCACAGAAGAACUUAGAUUGAAAUACCUUCCCAAACUUGGUAAGAUGAUACUAUACUGUAUUUAUGUUUUUGGUUAUGUGCUAGAAGUAAAACACCUGCCAUAUUUGAUUGAGUGUAGGCCGAAGUUUGGUGGCCAAUUUAUGGGCAAAAAAGUAGGAUGUCUAUUCAUACAUGGGUAAUAUUUUUGUACUUACUGAAAUUUAUAAACUGUCAUCCCUAUACUGAAAUUCAUUAUUCCCUGGUUUUGUACAACCCCAACAAGUUUAGAGCUUCAUGAAUGUAAUAAGAGUAGAGUAACACUACAGUAGGUCUACUGGUCAUGCUAGGGAGGUCCUGCUCACAAUUAGAUUUAAUUAAUGUACAGUUACUGCCAAACCAGUUUUAAUUCCUGUAAAAGAAGAGUACUGCAAUAGGUCUGCUGGCCCAUG